GGUUUCCACUCUCAUCUGAACAGAAACAGGCGCCUCCCCUGUUUCUCUCUAACUUUAAGAGGACCAAAGUGAAAGGAUUUGAGUUCAGAGCAGAUCCACAGCUGGCUGCAGGAGGAGAGCUUCUUACAAACGAGUCAACCAUAGAAUAUAUAAAAGUGUGAACAUGGAGAAAAUACUGGCGCCUUUGAGGGAGUCUGUGAAGCAACAGGGGGAUUUGGUGCACGAGCUAAAGGCGAAAGGCGCCAACGAGCAGGAGCUGAACAAAGCUGUUGCAGAACUGAAAGCCCGGAAGAAGAUUCUGGAAGCAAAAGAGCUAGCUUUGCAGCCUAAAGAAGACACGGUGGACAGAGUGAAGAUGGAGGACACCUUAAAGAGGAGAUUCUUCUACGAUCAGGCUUUUGCCAUAUAUGGAGGUGUGAGCGGCCUGUAUGACUUCGGCCCUGUCGGCUGCGCCCUGAAGAACAACAUCCUGCAGGUGUGGAGGCAGCACUUCAUCCAGGAGGAGCAGAUCCUGGAGAUCGACUGCACCAUGCUCACCCCCGAGCCCGUCCUCAAGACGUCGGGGCACGUGGAUAAGUUUGCAGACUACAUGGUGAAAGACGCCAAGACUGGAGAGUGCUACCGCGCCGAUCACCUGCUCAAAGCUCACUUAAAACAACUGAUGUCUGAUAAUAAAUGCUCUGCAGAGAAAGCCGCCGAGUUGGAGGACGUCAUCACUCAGAUGGAUAACUACACUCAGCAGGAGCUGGCCGACCUCUUUGUGAAAUACAACGUGAAGUCACCGUCCACAGGAAAUGACCUCACACCUCCGACCUCGUUCAACCUGAUGUUCCAGACGUCCAUCGGACCAGGAGGGAACAUGACGGGCUAUCUGAGGCCUGAGACCGCUCAGGGAAUGUUCCUCAACUUCAAGCGUCUGCUGGAGUUCAACCAGGGAAAACUUCCCUUCGGUGCCGCUCAGAUCGGAAACUCCUUCAGGAACGAGAUCUCUCCUCGCUCUGGACUCAUCCGUGUCAGGUAG